AUGGCUUCACUACGCUCUCCAACGCCAGCAUCUCGCGAUGCGACCCCAGAACUACUGACACCGCGGUCGAAACUCAGAGCGUUGCUUGCGACUGUGGACGGCAGCGAUGACGAAGACCCGGUUCAAAUUGGCGUACUCAAUACAAACCCAGACUCAGACUCAGACGUCCCGGUACGACCACGGGGAAAGCUGGCUUCCCGAAUGCAGGGCCCUUCCGAUAUAAGCAAUGAACCAGAGACUACGAAUGGCGCGGAAACUGCAAGAGACCGCGUUAGACGGAUGCUGGAGCAAGAAAAGGAGCAGCCUGGAGAAGCGAUGGACACUGAGAUGGUGGAUGCCGAAGAUGCUGAGGAAGAGGACGAGCUACCAGUAGCUUCACGACGACUAAUGCGCCGUGCUGCGCAUGACGACGCUACAGAUCUCUCAGCCAGAUCGACUAGCCCUGGGCUUUUUGUUUCUUCGCCAAUACGCCCGUCACCUACAAAGGCACCUCAGAACCAGCCAGAAUCCGAAGAAGACCUACCGACUGUCAAGUCAGAUCGCUUUAAAGCACUGGUGGAACGAAAACGACAGGAGCGCCUUGCGAGAGAGGCUGAAGAAGAAGCACGAAGAGCAGAGCGCCGAGCUCUACAGGAAAAGCUUGCCUCUGAGCUUGAGCAGCUGGAUUCCGGCGAUGAUGAUACUGGAGGUAUAACGGACGAUGAAGGGGGCCGCAGACUGACGCAGGAAGCUCGUCCAACGAGGAAAGCAAGCAAGAAGGCCCUGGAAGAGAUGAACCGCGAGACCCAGCGACUGGCACGAAAUAUGCAGCUCGCUCACGAAGCCAAGACACGAAAGAAACUCUCCAAAGCAAGUUUAUUUGAGCGUUUCAAUUUCAGGCCGGAUGGAGAGCCGCUGCCCGUGGAGCCUCCAGCAAACAGCUCCAGCAGACCAGUAUCACCCCCAACCGAUGGGGAUGCGAAUAAAGAUACGCCACCCAGCUCACCUCCUGUGGGGGAGAAGCGAGAUUCCGCCCAGGUUGAUGACAAUGCCGCUGCGAACCCACACGACUCAGUUGCAAACCCGGGUGUUGAACCUGCCAAGCCAUCGAGCCCUGCACGUUUAGACAAGGGAAAGGGACCAGCUAUUGACGUUGAGGAGCCAAGCAAGCCUGCACAAACUAAGCGUCAGGUGCGGGUGAGAAUACCAGUUCCAGCUAAAGCUGGCGCAGCAGACUCAGAUGAUGAGCUGGAGAUUACAACUACGUCAAAAGACAAAAUGAAUGCUGUUUUUAAUAAUAUUCCCUUCCGGAAGGCGCAAGAGUCACACUCGAUGCUGGCCCUGCGGGCUUUGGCUCAUGUCACAUCCCCCGGCAAGGAAACGAAGCGCAAAAACGAGCGAGAACGAAUGACUCCCGGUGAAUCUCACGCUCUUCUGAUGCAAAAGUGGAGAGAGCAAGUAAGGUCCGAGCGAGACCGAAGGCUAGAGUUGCUGAAAUCCCAAGGUGUCGUCAUCCAAACUUCAGAAGAACGAGAACGACAGAUGCAAGAAGUAGAGGAUAUCCUCGCCAAGGCUAGAGAAGAGGCCCGACGAAUCAAGGAGGAGGAGGUAGCAGCUGAGAAGAAAGAGAGGAAAGAGAGUGGUGAAGCGGACCCUCUGGCUUGGGAUGACAGCGAUGAUGAAGAGUACGAGGGUAAUGAUGCUGACGAAGAGGCAUCUGAUGUAGAGCUUUCGGGGUCUGAAGUGGAUGAGGAAGAGGAGGAGGAAGAUGAGGAGGAGGAGGAGUCAGAAGACGUCAUCGCAGGCUCAGCCAUGUUUGAAGCUGAAGCGGAGGAUGCAACAUCUGAAACCUCGGAAGCUCUCCCCAAGCUUGAUAACGAUGAGGCAGAAGACAAUGAUGACGAAGGUGUCGAAACAGCAACGCCGAUGAAGAGGAGGCGGGCGCGCAACAAGACUGCUAUUCUAUCUGAUGAUGAAGCUGAGCUUGCCGUCGAAGCCACACCGAAGUCGAAGAAGACUCCUGUUAGCACCGCAUUCCAGUCGCCCGCUGCACCCACAUCGGUGCUACGAUCUGCUAAGAAGACAUUUAUCCCUGGUCUUCCUGUACAAGGACCUGCUGGCCUUAGCCUUACCCAAAUAUUUGCAGGAACCAUGGAUGAUAACCAGAAAAGCCAGAUCAACGAGCCGACACAGUCAAUGAUGCCCGAUUUUGACGCUUUUCCCGAUUCCAACUUUUCAGCUGCCAUAGAUGACAAUGCUGAUGACAUGGUUCUCGACUCCCAACGGGAUGAAAGCCAAGGGGUAACUCAAGCUGUUCAGCUUAACCUUGCACAGACACAGAUGCAUGGCUUGGACAGUCUACUUCGGGAUGAAAUGAACUCUCAAAUCUCAGACAUGGUUGAGCUCUCUCAGGAUGGAGGGUUCCAGAGGUACACACCCCUGAAGUCGAGGUUUGUUGAGCCGCCACACUCUACGGUGGAGACGAUAUCAACGGACCAACAUGGCGAUGCGAUUCAGAGCUCUCCCCUUGUACGCAGAGGAAGGCUUCGACGAAAGAUGGAAAUGUCGUCUGUCGAUGAAGAUGUUGCCGUUCCCAUGAGUGGCGAAAAGGAGGGCGAGGCAGAAGCGGCACCUUCAAAGACGGCGUUCAAUGUUCUCCAAGAUGCUGCUGCUGAACAAAAGAAGAAGAAGCUCAUUGAAGAGUUCAACAAAAAGAAGAGCAAGGCAAAGGAGAUGGUGGAAGAGCAAGCCGAGGAAUCCGAAGAUGAGUAUGCUGGACUUGGUGGAGUGGAUGGCGAGGACAGCGACGACGAAUUCGAUGCUACUUUACAAGACAUUAUCGAUGAUGCGGCUGGCAAUGACGAGGAUGCCCGAAAGUUGGCCGCGUUCUAUGCUGAUCGGGAACGAAUUAAUGACGAAAAGGAGGUCGAAAAGCUGUACAAGGACAUCACGUCAGGUAUGCUUCGCCGAAAGCGCGGAGCCGACUAUGACCUGUCCGACUCGGACGAUGGCGGAGAGGCUCGACGGAGAAUGAAGCGCCGGCAGUUUGCGAAAAUGCAAAAGGCAUUGUUUGCUGAUGAGCGUGUCAAGAAGAUGGCUGAAAACCCUGGUAACCAAGCCUUCUUACGCACCAUUGAGGACCGUGGCAGCGACGAUGAAAUGGACGUUUUGGAAAUUGUCAAUGCACCGGCUUCACAAGGGGAAGAGUCUCAGUCUCAGAGCGAGCCCAUUGAACAACAGCAGCAGCGAAUCGUUCCCGACAGCCAACCACGUAAGCCACUGGGCAGUGCUGGCGACAAUAGGGCUCCGGCUCAUUUGAGACGAACCAAGGACGGCAAGAAACCUUCCAACAUUGGCGAGGUUCGUGAGACACUGUCUGAUCUACUGGAGGAUGGGCGACACAGCUCUGUUAUUCCGGCUACAGAAGUUGGCUCAGACAGCGAAGGUGAAGAAGGCCGACCUGCAUCUCGAGGAAACAAGGAAAACCAGUCCCCUGCCUCCCGCCGCACCAGGAAUGUCGUCGUCGAUCGUAUCAGUCUCAAGCGCAACGCAUCGUCAACCUCGUCUUCUAGCCGCCCUGCUUUUGCUACUGCGGUGGCCUCAUCCUCGUCGUUUAAAGUCCCCGCUUCGCUCCUUCGCCGCGCAACUACCAACUCGUCACUGUUGUCAACGGCCAGCACAUCGUCAUCUUCGACGACAGCGGCAGGUGGAUCUGGCAGUGGGUUUGGUGAAGAGACUAAGAUCAAGAAGGGCGCGGGCAAGAAGAGUGGCAUCAACGGGUUCUCGAGAGAUAACGAGAAGCUGGCUAGAAUGCAAGAGAAUGAACGAAGGCGGCAGGAGAAAAAGGUCCGUGGGGCAGAGAGCAGGGCGGGACUUGUUGGAGGCUUGCUUGCUACGACUUGGCAGCAGGCAGUGAUGCUCGCAAAGUACUUGUACUGCCAAAUACGCGGACAAGCUGCAUCUCGAAAGCGGCAACCCGAUGCCCCUAGCCGACAACAGCCCGGAAGCACGACAGGCAUUAGGUAG